AUGGAAUCAACAAAAACCAACAUGAUUACUUCUACAGUAGAAAAACUAAAAGACGCUGAACAAGAUGCAGAUAGUACGACGCUAGAACCACAAACAGCGGCCUCUUCACCUUUCGAUUACAAAGAGGUAGUUGAAUUUGAUCCAUUAUCAGAUAAAAAAUCAGUUGAGUUAAAUAAUGAAAAGAAAGUGACAGAGGUAGAGCUCAAAGAAAUUAACGAGAAGCACGAAAAUAGAAUAAAACAAGAAAACAAAUCAAAUGGUUCCAUAUUUCAAAGAGAAAAUACAAACUUUGACUUCACUCGUUCUAUUGAAACUGAACUAAUAUCGUCGAAAGGAGGUAACAAUUCCACAAAUGAUAGUAUGAAUGAAAAACAGGUUUCCACUGCAAGCACAGUGGAGAAUGUUGUGAGAAAACAUAACUUGGCAAGAAAACCAUCCCCUCAACAGGAUGUACAGUUCGAUUUCGGAAAAUUUCUUCAACAGAUGACAAAUCCAAGCGCACAAACUAUUGCACGUUAUGUUAAAAAUUUUGAAAGGGAAUUUGAACGAAAACCUUGGACGGUCAAUGAUCAAAUAAGAAUCAUACAUGAUUUCUUAGAUUUCAUAUCCGUGAAAAUGCGUGAUUGCGAGUUAUGGCGUAAUGCAACUGAAGCAGAAUUUGAAAAUGCAAAAGAAGGGAUGGAAAAAUUGGUGAUGAAUAGAUUGUAUAAAUUAACUUUUUCACCGGCAAUUCGAGGUUCUGUAACAACUGACGAUAAAGAACGAGACGAAAUCUUGCAUAAAAAAAUUCAAAUAUUUAGAUGGGUAAAGGAAGAACAUUUGGAUAUACCAAGUGCUCCACAUAAUGAACAGUUUCUUGAAUUCGCAAAAAAUGGUUUAAUAAGACAUGUGGAUGGAGAGGAGGGUGCAGAUAAAUUUUUACCCAUCCUUAUUUUUGUUGUAUUAAGAGCCAACCCUGAACACUUAGUAUCUAACGUUCAAUAUAUAUCAAGGUUUAGAAAUCCAGAGAAAUUACAGUCUGAAGCGGGUUACUAUCUUUCCAGCUUGAUGGGCGCAAUUUCAUUUAUUGAAAAUAUGGAUGUUUCAUCACUCUCUAUAACACAAGAUGACUUUGAUAAAAAUAUUGAAAUAACCAUGAAAGAACUUGAAAAGGAAUGGCCAGAAAUACCAAAAAAUACAAGGGAAAUCAGCUACGAUAAUGUUAUGCAUCCUUCAAGAGUUGCACAGCAUUUAAAGACACCCAUCUUGAAUCCUGCACAGGCUAGAGCUCUAUUCGAAAAUGGAAGGAAUUUCGCUCAAAGAACGAUACAAAAACCAUUGAACAUAGUUGGGAAGAUUCUUGCAGAGAUCAGUAACGAAGCCAGCGAAACGAUUAAUUCACGUCAAGUUAAUCCUAAUUUAGAAGUAAAUUCAUAUUCACAAUCUUCUUCGCGUAGUACUUCACCUCAAAGACCACCAUCAAUUAAUGAACAACCUGCUCGUCAUAGACGAUUGUCAGAUAGCGAUUUGUUACAGGAUCAAGGAAGCAGGCAACGAUCACUUUCUGUUUCUUCGCGAUCAUCUAGGGCGUCCAACGAUUUUUCUGAUGUUCAAGCAGAAGUAGCACGAGUUUCAGAAGCCGAAUUUCAAGCAUCACUUGCGGAACUUAUCUCGAUGUUUCCCAAUAUGGACCCAGAAGUUUGUGAAAUAGUUUUACAAACGAAUGAAUGGAGAAUGACUUCAUCUAUAGAAAAACUUUUGGAAAUAUCCGAUCCAACCGUUAUUAAUAGAGAAAUUUCUUUUGAAGAUACUGAACUAAAUAAUAUUACUAAUGAAGAAAAUGGAUUUUUUGCAGUCCUUAAUUAA